UAUUUGUUAUAUACAUAAACACAAUGUAAAAUGUCCUCUACGGUCGAAUUUAUAACAAAUAAAAGUAAAUACAAUUGAACUAAAAUCGCAGAUCGGUCUGUUUUGAGGAUGAAAGUAGCGCACACUGCACAGUUCUCUUUACAGAACUAUUUAUUUGUUUGUUGUGCUUUUAUUUUGAAGUAUGUAUCAAACGGGAAGUAAUUGAGCGGAACUUAUCUCCCGGUACGCGACACCCCGUAGUGUCACACUUAAAGCACUCCGGAAAAAGCGAAGGGACAUUUGUUAGCGAACAAAUAUAUAUAUGUAUAAAACCUAUAUGCUGUGCUAGUGUAGCCAUCAUUAAAUACACCGCGGCGUGUUGCGUCAUGGCAGUGUUCCCACAGUAGCUGUCCCGGUCCAGGGUAACGUUGUUCUGAGUGUAUUCCGAGUGUAAUUCGGUGACGUUGGCCGUUGCCGUUAACGCUGAAGGCACGCGCGUGUUCCGCUCGGCUAACGUGACGUCAGCGACUGCUUCCGGAUUCAUUGCCAACGGUUACACUAAAGAUGUCCCUGAAUGCCCCUCACACAGACGGCUGACCGCAGCCGGUAUGCAGGGCAGCCCCGGUGUUGACCUCCUCUCCUCUGGGUGCCAGCAGAUGUUCUCCAUGCCGCGGGCUCCUUCCCCUUGAGGCCCCCCGCGGCGCAGCAUGCCGGACCCCGGGAACCAGUCCUGUCUGGCGGGAGCAGAGGACACCGUCUCCUUCCUGGUGUGUGUGUUCCAUGCGUGUGAGGAGUGGGCCGGCCUGGGCCAGCUGGAGGACUACCUGAGUGUUCUGCAGUACCUGGUGUGGGUCUUCACCCCUCUGGCCGUCGUCUUCAUCCUGCCCUUCCUCAUUGUCAUCCUCAUCUACCUCUCCAUACUCUUCCUCCACGUCUACAAGAGGAAGAACCAGCUGAGGGAGGCGUACUGCAACAACCUGUGGGACGGAGCCAGGAAGACCCUGGCCACGCUGUGGGACGGCCACGGCGCCAUCUGGCACGGCUAUGAGAUCCACGGCCUGGAGAAGAUCCCGUCCUCCGGCCCGGCGCUCAUCGUCUACUACCACGGAGCGAUCCCCGUGGACUACUACUACUUCCUGGCCAGCGUCAUCCUCCAGAGGGGACGCACCUGCCACUCCGUGGCCGACCACUUCCUCUUCAGAAUUCCAGGUUUCAAGCUGCUGCUGGAGGUGUUCAGUGUGAUCCACGGCCCUCAGGAGGAGUGUGUGCGGGCGCUGCGGAGCGGUCACCUGUUGGGCAUCUCCCCCGGCGGCGUGCGGGAGGCUCUGUUCAGUGACGAGACCUACCCGCUGCUCUGGGGCAAACGCAGAGGCUUCGCCCAGGUGGCCAUCGACGCUCAGGUGCCGGUGAUUCCAAUGUUUACUCAAAAUCUGCGGGAAGGCUUCAGAUCUCUGGGACCUCUCUGGUUUUUCCGCUGGCAGUACGAGAGGUUUCGCAUCCCUUUCGCUCCGGUGUACGGCGGAUUCCCUGUGAAGUUACGGACGUUCCUCGGCGACCCGAUCCCGUACGACCCCGACGUGAACACCGCGGAGCUGGCGGAGAAGGUGCAGCAGGCCGUCCAGGCGCUCAUCGACCGGCACCAGCAGAUCCCCGGGAACAUCCUGAGAGCCCUGCUGGAGAGAUUCCACCGCAAGCACAAAGACCAGUAACACCAGCAACACCAGCAACACCAGCGGGACGGAGACGGCCCAAAGGGCCGCGCCGCCGUGGAGCAGGUUGGGAUGGUUGCUCAGCUUUCUUCACCGCGUCCCGACCGCCGAGGUUCCACGCGUGCAUUUCUUUACUUCCGGUACGCUUCCUUGCUCACAUUGACUCCCGUUUCCAAUCUGUUCAACGACGAGAAGUCUUUCCCUGAAGUUGAGACGUUGGACUCGACGUCAUCGGCUGCGUUCCGGUCUCCUCGCUCAUUGCCCAACGCUCCGGGGACCGCGAUGGGAUUCAGUUCUCUGGAUCCUGGUGUGAGGACGCUGUCGUCCGCCAGAGGCUCGUCCUCUCGGUGAGUCACCGCUUCAGUGGUUCUGCUCUGAAGGUGAAGGUGAACUCUCACACGGUGCCGACGUUUAUAAAGUCAAUGCAAAGUUUUUCAAGUUGACUUCUUCCGACUGAAACGUGACGUUGCUGAAAAUGACAACGCUUAAUCGUAAAUCGAGGAUUACGAGGUUUGAAAUUCCACACACACACACACACGAGAGCAACGGGGCCGAGGAGCACCACCAGGUCCCCUCUUUAAAUAGAAGCUUCAGAGAGACGGAGCUGUGUGAGCGCCUGAGUCUCCUCUCUGUCGUGUUUAUCAUCUCUACACAUCCUGAUCGAUCACUUUACCGUGUGCAUGCGUUGGUUUGUAAAUAUCGUGAUUCAUCGAAUGUUUCCUGUGAGCGCGUCGUGGUCCGAGUGUCUGACGUCUGACUCCCGGUCCGGCUCCUGAAGAGGCCCGUGGGAGGCCGGGCGUGCUCCGGACCGGAGGCCUCGUUCCGCGUGCAACGCCUGUUUGUAAAUGAUGUCAUGAUUUAAAUGUUGCACUUUUAAAUUUGGAGAUGCACUUCCACCUGUCAAUAAAUCUAUUUUAUUAA